UUGGUGUAUGGUCCCGGAUCACCAUUCAGUGACUCAUCCACGCAUGCACGAUUAAGGAAUACUUCUGCUGCUGAGAUUCCCAGAGCUGUAGAAUCUACUAUCAGAGGUCUAGCUUCUGAAGCCGUAGCAUUCAAGGCCCAACGGAGAAAAGACAUAAUUUUGUCUCCGCUCCUCCUCAGCAGUAUCAUUGCCGAUCCAGCAACUGCUUCGCAAUCGCUUGUUCUCUCCCCUGUACUUUUAACUCCUCUCGUCUUCUCUCCAGCCAUCUUUGGAGGUGUCAUACUAUCUCCUUGGGCGUUUGUACCUGUACUAGUGUCACCUCGAAUCCUCUCACCAGUCAUUAUAUCCCCAAUUCUGCUAUCACCCGUCAUCCUUUCGCCUCUUGCUCUUGAUCCACUAGUUCUAUCUCCUGGAGCUUUAGCUCCAUUUAUUCUCACCCCACUUGUUCUCUCUCCUUUCAUUAUAAAUCCCGUGGUUCUUGCUCCACUAAUCCUAAGCCCUUUCUGCCUCUCUCCGUUCAUCAUAGUCCCUAAUGCACUUUCUCCCCUAAUAUUAUCUCCCUUUGUUCUUUCACCACUCAUACUCGCUCCGGUAGCAGUUUCAGCUUUUGUUCUAUCUCCAUAUGCUCUUUCGCCCAUUAUUCUUUCUCCUGGUAAACUUUUCACUGCUGUGCUUUCACCAACGUGGCUUAGUUAA